GGCGAGUCCCGCAAACGCAUUAUACCAGAAGAGAAACGCACAGAGUCUCGAAAAGAAGCCUCCCGAUUUGGUCAGCGCCGCGGUCGGCAUCCCUUGCGCGUCAAGGAGCAGGGCAAGGUCGGCGAAGAAGGCGACGGUUUAUUUCAGGGUGAUGAGGGUCAUUGGGAUUGUAGAUAUGAACCAGGCCUGUUUUUGGGAAUUGAAAAAAAGAAAAUCGGUUAGCCGGUUUGGAUUGUGUGGGGAGGAGAGCGGGGAUGGGUACCCUAAGCAUUAAACCGAGAGAGUCGUAGAACAUGCUGUUCAACCCGCCUGCGGCCUCCUGGAGACUACCCAUGAUGUUGAACCCGCCCGGCGUGAAGACGAUUCCAACGGAGAUCCAGAACCCGCCGUACAAGGAGAGGACGGUUGCGCCAAAGGAGUUGCCAAUGGCCAUUUCCCUACACUCAUCAGCCGCCAUACGGGAACGCACUUGCAACAAGGAUGCUCGGCUGCGUGAUAUCCCGCACUUUUAUCUCAAUGCAUCCGAGGAUGAACACGGUGAGUCCGAAUGCGCAGAGGCCCAGUGGUGCAGGGUUGGCGAGCUUCUUUAGGGGGCGGUAGAGGCCUGGCUGGAAGGCGGCUGGAAGGCGGUUGUUGUGUGAGUGAGGUUUGUGGUUGCAUAGUCGUGGUGUGAGGC